AUGGGAAUACCAGUCCGAGAGAACUCGCCAGACAUGCCGGCUACGCUCGCACCUGCCGCCAACGGCACGAAUGGCGCCAAUGGUGACAGAAUGAACGGAAGCAGAACACCAGCACCAUACUCGGCUGACCAAAACAUCAAGCGCUUCGGCGCUCCUUCCAGCGCUGGUAGCCCUCUACAAGAUGUUCUGUUCCACAAUAAGUCAAGAUGCUUUGUCUACGGCAUGCAGCCCAAGGCUGUCCAGGGAAUGCUCGACUUCGAUUUCAUCUGCAAGCGAUCGACACCCUCCGUAGCCGGCAUCAUCUACACAUUCGGCGGCCAGUUCGUCAGCAAGAUGUACUGGGGCACCAGCGAGACCCUUCUGCCUGUCUACCAAUCAGUAGACAAGGCUUUCGAGAAACACCCAGAUGUCGACACAAUCGUCAACUUUGCGUCGUCACGAUCAGUCUAUACUUCUACGAUGGAGCUCAUGAACAUUCCCCAAGUGCGAUCGAUCGCCAUCAUCGCCGAAGGUGUCCCUGAACGACGUGCCCGCGAGAUCAUGGUCACCGCAAAGGAGAAGGGCAUCACAAUCAUUGGCCCUGCCACAGUCGGUGGUAUCAAGCCCGGUGCAUACAAGAUCGGCAACACUGGUGGUAUGAUGGACAACAUUGUUGCUUCGAAACUCUACCGCAAGGGCUCAGUUGGCUACGUCUCCAAGUCCGGUGGUAUGUCCAACGAGCUGAACAACAUCAUCUCACAAAACACCGACGGUGUGUAUGAGGGCAUUGCCAUUGGUGGCGACAGAUAUCCAGGCACAUCAUUCAUCGACCAUUUGCUCCGAUACCAGGCCGAUCCGGAAUGCAAGAUUCUUGUUCUACUCGGUGAGGUUGGUGGUGUUGAGGAGUACCGUGUUAUUGAGGCGGUCAAGAACGGCACAAUCACCAAGCCGAUCGUUGCGUGGGCCAUCGGUACUUGCGCUGGCAUGUUUAAGACCGAGGUGCAAUUCGGUCACGCCGGUGCAUCCGCCAACUCACAGCUCGAGCAAGCUACUGUCAAGAACGAGUCGAUGCGAAAGGCCGGCUUCUUCGUUCCAGAGACCUUCGAAGAUAUGCCCAACGUGCUCGCCGAGGUCUAUCAGAAGCUUGUCAAGCAGGGUACCGUCAAGCCUGCACCAGAGCCAAUCCCACCCAAGAUUCCCAUCGAUUAUGCUUGGGCGCAGGAAUUGGGUCUUAUCCGAAAGCCCGCUGCUUUCAUCUCCACAAUUUCAGACGACAGAGGUCAGGAAUUGCUAUAUGCCGGUAUGCCAAUCUCAGACGUCUUCAAGGAGGACAUUGGUAUUGGCGGUGUCAUGUCUCUUCUGUGGUUCCGCAGACGUCUGCCACUCUACGCCAGCAAAUUUUUGGAAAUGGUUCUCAUGCUCACAGCCGACCACGGUCCAGCUGUGUCAGGAGCUAUGAACACCAUCAUCACAACUCGUGCCGGAAAGGACUUGAUCUCCUCUCUGGUUGCUGGUCUUCUCACCAUCGGUUCACGAUUCGGUGGUGCGCUUGACGGAGCAGCCGAGGAAUUCACAAAGGCCUUCGACAAGGGCUGGUCACCAAGAGAAUUCGUCGACACGAUGCGAAAGGAGAACAAGCUCAUCCCAGGUAUCGGCCAUCGCGUCAAGUCACGCAACAACCCCGAUCUUCGUGUCGAGCUCGUUAAGGAGUUCGUCCUCAAGAACUUUGCUUCGCACAAGCUUCUGGAUUAUGCUAUUGCCGUUGAGACCGUGACGACCUCGAAAAAGGACAACCUUAUUCUCAACGUUGACGGCUGCAUUGCUGUUUGCUUUGUUGACCUGCUCCGUAACUGCGGUGCGUUCUCGCCCGAGGAGGCUGAGGACUAUCUCCGCAUGGGUGUUCUCAACGGUCUUUUCGUGCUCGGUCGAUCGAUUGGUCUGAUCGCCCACUUCUUGGACCAGAAGCGUCUGCGGACUGGUCUGUACCGUCAUCCUUGGGACGACAUUACUUAUCUCCUUCCCCAGCUCGCCAAGGGCGGCCUUGGCAACGAAGGCAGAGUCGAGGUCAGCGCUGCAUAA